UGCACCUCUUUUAUUUCGCCUCCAGUCGGCCGCGCUGCAGCGAAGUCGCGUCUCUUCGUUUCGCCUCAGACUUCGACGUCCCGCCUCUAAAACUCGCUUCGCCUUUGCUUGUGAAACAUCGUCACAUUAUUUGCAGCAGAGCAGGAGCUGGACACGAUCACACUGAGCCGUCGGAGCCAAAGCAGCAUCAAGAGCAACAAUCAGCCAUCAGAGAGGGACCAUCAGAGACCUGCUGGGUGGAGGAAACAGCUGGAGGAUGAGUGCUGCUCGUAGUCAGUCGACCCCGGGGUCCGAGCUGGAGGCCCUGCAGUGUCACUUCACCUGGGAUCUGGACGCCAGCAGGCCCAAACUUUUGCGUCUCAAGGAGAAGCUGGAGGACGUGGGCACCGAGGAGGGAAACGCUUGGCUGGGUCACCUUUACAACCUGCGGGGGUACAUUCAGCACAAGCUGGGGUUCACCGAAGACGCCCAGAGUUUCUUCAAGAAGGCUGCAGAGGCCUUCCGCCAGACAAGAGAGGCAGCCUCAGAUGAGGGUCCCUGGUUAGUGGUGAACUACGGGAACCUGGCCUGGCUGCACCACCACCUGGGAGAACAAGCAGAGAGUCAAGCUUACCUGUCAAAGGUCGACGCCCUGACGAAUGAAUACCCGUCUCCGUCCCAGGACGAGCUCCAUCCGGAGAUCUACGCCGAAAAAGCCUGGACCCUGAUGAAGUUCAGCGGGGACAAACAGCUGCUGGCUGCAGAUUGUUUCCAGAGAGCCAUCAGGAUGCAGCCGGACAUGGUGGAGUGGAACAGCAGCCGUCUCAUAGGGUUAGCGAGGGCCAGUAAGCACAGCGAGACGGGGCUGGAGGCUGACGUCUUAGAGGAAAUGAGAAUCGCUAAGGAACAGGAUCCGGAGAACUUGUACCUUGCUGCCGCCUACCUGAAGCAAUGUGCCGAGAAAGGAGAAAGAGUUGAAGAUGAGGCGCGAGAGUUAGCCAGAAAGAUUUUGAGAAACCCCGUCAGCAGCUACAGCGGUAUGAAAGCAGUGCUCAGGGUUUACAGGAGCGCCCUGUCUGUCGACGAGGCCAUUGGUUUGGCAGAGGAGGCUCUGGAAAACCACCCAGAUGUACGUUUUCUGAAAAGAUGCGUGGCCCUCUGCUACAAAUGGAAGAUCAUUUUUAACAGCGACAGUCGGCCAAUACGAAGCACGAUAGACAGAGCGAUCAGUCUCUAUCAGGAGGUGAUUUCUCUUUACCCUCACUCUUCACUGGUGAAGAAAAUAGACCUCGCAAAUAUAUACGCAAAGGCAAACCAGGCUGAAGCUGGGCACAUCUACCAGGAACUGCUGGAAAGGGAUCUGGAACCGGCAGACCAACAAAUGAUUUACCACCACUAUGCAAAUUAUUUAAACUUCCAUCGGCAGGAUCGGCGCGGGUCAGUGAGGUACCACAUGAAGGCGGCUGCGAUACCGCAUCAGUCCUUCUUCCGUGACAAGAGCGUCAAAGUCCUGGAGAAGAUCAGGGACAGAGGCAGGAACCGAAUGUGUGGAGAGAUCGAGGAGUUUCUGGCAAACCUGCCGCAGCCGUAGUGUUUUCACCUGCACUGCUUCUAGUUAUUGCUUUAACCUAAAAAAAGUCUGCACACACGCAGUAAUUUGAUUACACUUCCUGCAGGAAGGAUGACUUCUUAAAGAAAAAAGGACGUGAGAAGCCCCACUGAUGGCAGUUUGCGUAGCAUUCACUGUGGACGUGCUAAAAUGUCACUACGAGAAUUCAGUUAAUUCCAUAAUUAAUUAAAAUCCUUUGAUUGAUGAUCUUUUUCUGAACUGUAGCCAGUGUUUAUCAUUGUUUUAAGUGUUUUAAGCUUAUAUAAAAUCAUAAUUCUCUGCAUGAAACUUGCUUUGCUUGAAGCUUUGACAAAUAAAACUGAUUUAUGAUGUAAUGAUCUGAAUAUUAUCACCAAAUGCAACUAAUGUCACGCUGUAUUCUACACAAUACUAAUAAACACACACGAUGCACACAAAGAAAUCUUCUGUA